UUACUUAUUUUAAAUUAACUACAUUGAGCCAGUGUAGGUCGUUGUCAUCACUCUUCUUCCUCAUUGUUAGUCUCCCACAUUCUCCAUCCCCAACUCCUCAUCUUGGCUCUUCCUCCUCCUAUAGCACAUCUUCCGUCUCUUUUCCUCCUUCCUCUCCCCCCACCCCUCUACACCUCAGCCCUGUAUUUGUCCUGCUCCUCAUCUACAUGCCUCUCUCUUGUGCACACACUCUCUCAGUCUGAUGCUUGACGCUGCCGGAGACCGAUCACAGUGCUUUCCUUUGCUGCUCGAUGAGAAUCGCACACUUCUUCCCCAGAUAAGGACGAAAGAAAAGAAGAUGAGAUGCAGACAAAUGGGAAAAAACAAAAUCAAGAGUCAAGUGACUCUGUGGAAGCAGGACAAGUAAAAGAUUCCUUCCUGAGGAGAGAGGAGAUUUCUAAAAAUACAAGCCAGCUUACUCUCUGCAUUCUGUUAUUUUCUCUCUCCCUUCUUUGUCCCCUCCUUCAUUCAGUACCUGUUCUGUGGGAUUAACAUGACUUAAAAUUCAAUCAGCCUACAGCCCUGACGGAAGAGCGACAGAGGAGGCAGACAGAGCGCUGCAGCUGUCGACCGAGUGAGGGGACGACCAACGGGAGAGAGAGAGGCAGACGAAGAGAGAGAUACCGAGAGAGAGAGAGAGAGAGAGAGAGAGAGAGAGAUGGGUGUUUUUCCACGGAGCUGAGAGAGCGAAAGCCGCGGAGACGGAGAAAUGUGACGGCUUCAGGAGUCAUGGUGGUGGAAUGAUCCGGAAAACGAGGUUUUCCAGCCAUCUCCCAGGUUACUCCCAAACCACCUUUUCUGCACUUGCCUCCAAGGUCAUCAACAAACGGCUAAUUCAGCGUGGGAGAACAAAUGCAGCAGCGAGUGUAGAAGAGCCCCGAGACACACCGGAGACUGCUCCUGGAAGUGAGGGACGAGAGGAAGGCGUGAAAAGAAUCAAAACCGAGCGUGUACAAGAACGAAGAAAGGACCAGAUGAAUGAAUAAAAGAAAAGGAGAGCUGAGAGGGGAGGCAAAAAAAAGGAGCAAAGGGAGGGUGAUGGAGGAGAGAGGUGGUGAGAAGGGGAGGUGAAGACUACUGCUUGGAUUCUUACUUGACUGAACUGCUUGAGACAGAAAAGUUGAACCCAGCCAUGAGGAAAUCGUAUGAAGAUGCCAUAAAUAGGAUUUUAAGCAAAGUGGAUUCCUGGAUUUUUUCUCAAACCCGAGUCUCUUUUUCGGAAUACCGCGCCAGGAUUGAGCGAGUAAUUCAGGAUUUCCCAGGUUUUCUUCAUCUAUAGAAGCCUAAGAGGAUAUCGCGGGAUUGGAAUUUCUCCAACUCUCUGGUUGUCUGACACUGACCUAUAUCCGUCUCCUUUUGAUGUGUGUGGGGAUGUGUGAGUGUGGAGCGGAGUAGGACAGGUUUCAGUGCAAGCACACAAUAACCUCCCACCCCCCUGUGCUGGCUCAGAAUAAGUAGAAACACCUGGGGCAAGAUCUGUGCAACACACACACACACAAACACACACACCCUCAAACCAGGAUAACAUGUGGAGCUGAUUCGGAUUAUAGAGCCGCACAGACGGAAAAGGUCUGUGAACAGCCAGGCGUUCUACCAUGCCUGUCCCCCCACCCUUCAAUCCCCGCAGACAAAAACACCUACCCCACACACACCACCCCGAAGACAGAGCAGAGGGCUCCGACUUCCCAUCCCUCUUCCCUCUGCCCAGUCUGUCCGUCUCUCUUCUGUCCCCUCUUUUUGUUUCAUCUCUGUCAACUUCCUCCCAUCUCAUCCACUGCGCCUGUCCCAGGACUGCAAAGAGAACCCUCCCGGACUCUGUCCCUUUCCCAGUCUUUCACUGGCUGACUUUGGUCACAUGCUGCCUGCUUCCUUCUCUAAUUGGAGCAGGGGAGACGUGGGGUGUGGUCUCGGCCUGUCCUUUCCACUGCGUGUGUCGAAACCUUUCGGAGUCACUGAGCACGCUCUGUGCCGACAAAGGCCUCCUGUUCGUCCCACCGCAUGUUGACCGGCGGACAGUUGAGCUGCGACUGGCCGAUAACUUUAUAACAGAAGUGGGCGGAAAUGAUUUUGUCAACAUGACCGGAUUGGUUGAUCUGACACUGUCAAGGAACACCAUCCACCUUAUUAGACCAAUGGCCUUUGCUGACCUGGAGAGUCUACGCUCUCUGCAUCUGGAUGGUGAGCAGUUAUUUUAUUCUCAGUGUUCAAGACUUGAAUCAAAUACACUACUUAAACGUGUUUUUACCCGUUUAUUGUUUUAUCCAGGUAAUCGCUUGACAAUACUCGGACCUAGAGACCUUGCAGGUUUGGUCAAUCUGCAGCACCUGAUUGUCAACAACAACCAGCUGAUCAAGGUCUCCGUGCAGGCUUUCGAUGACUUCUUGCUCACACUGGAAGACCUCGACUUAUCUUACAAUAACCUCAGGAGGGUACCAUGGGAGUCCAUUCAGAACAUGGCCAGUCUGCACACACUAAACCUGGACCAUAACCUGAUAGAUCACAUAGCGGAAGGAGUCUUUGGAGAGCUGUAUAAGCUUGCAAGGCUGGAUAUGACCUCCAACAGGCUGCGAACCCUGCCUCCUGAUCCUCUCUUUGCAAGGUCUCAGACAGGUGCAAUAAGUCCUACCCCAUACAAUGCUGUCAUAAGCCUAAAUUUUGGAGGGAACCCACUGCACUGCAAUUGUGAACUGCUAUGGUUAAGGCGCCUCAUCCGUGGAGAUGACAUGGAGACGUGUGCCACUCCUGCUCACCUUGCUGGAAGAUAUUUCUGGUCAAUUCCUGAGGAGGAGUUCACAUGUGAACCACCUCUCAUCACUCGCCACACGCACAAGCUGUGGGUGCUGGAGGGCCAGCGAGCCACGCUAAAGUGCCGUGCCAUUGGUGACCCCGAGCCAGUAGUCCACUGGGUUUCACCAGAUGAUCGCAUCAUCGCAAACUCAUCCCGGACCAGCUCCUUUAGCAACGGGACCUUGGAUAUCUUGGUAACAGUAGCCCGUGAUGACGGGGCAUAUACAUGUAUCGCAAUAAACGCAGCAGGUGAAGCAACUGCCACUGUGGAUCUCAAAAUAAUCCCCCUGCCUCACCGGGGUGGAGUAGGUGGAAACGCUGGGAGCAACAGCGUUAACACCAAGAACAACAGGAACGUGACCAAUGGAAUUUUACGGACCGAUCCGGGCUCGUCGGAUAUUAGCACGGCCAAAAAUGGAGGGAUUAACAAUGGCGGUGGACGCGGAGGAGAGCCAGAGGAUGGGAAAAGAGUUGGAGGGGAUGACGAAGAGGGUGACGGCGGUAGGGCAUCUGAAGGAGAGAGGACUGAUGGAGGAAGCAUGGAGGAAGAAGAGGGGGAAGAAGAGGAAGGAAGGAUGAUUGGAGUACAGGGAGUAACAUCGACAUCGGCUCAGGUCCGAUGGGAUUUGGGGCGUUUGUCUGGAGCUUACGUUGUCUGGAUGUAUCAGAUACAGUACAACUGCACCGCCGAUGAGACGCUCGUUUACAGAAUCUUACCGUCAACCAGUGAUCGAUUCCUGCUGAAGAACCUGGUUUCCGGUGUGGACUAUAAUCUGUGCGUGUUGGCCAUUUUUGAUGACACAAUCACAUCUUUAGCUGCGACAAAGGUUCUGGGCUGCACAACCUUCUCCACCAAGGAUGUUUACCCUGCAUGUCGCUCUCUGCAAGCCCACUUUCUGGGCGGGACACUCACCAUACUGGUUGGCGGCGUUGUUGUCGUCACUUUACUUGUGUUUACUGUGGCACUCAUGGUUCGCCACCGCGUUUGCAAUCACGGGGACCAUAUAAUGUGUCACAGCAGCAAUACCGAGGCAGGAGGCGGGGCCUGCUGUCAGGGGAGUGUAGGAGGUGGGGACAAAGGAGGAAACGGUAGCGGAUGCUACCAAUCCAAUGGUUCUGGAGACAUGAUGAUGGUGGUCCUGCCCAAUGGUCUGCCUUCUAAGAGAGGAGGAGAGAAGGACAAUGAAAAGGAAAAAGAGGCCGAUUCAGCCUCUUCUGUGCCUCCAAAACUGCCUCCUAAGCCCAGGCCGAAACCUAAAGUCAACCUGGAGCAGUUUCUUUCAGCUGGAGGCGUGGUUUCCACAACGACAGGGGCAGGAAGUGAGAUGGCACUGGUGGUGAGACAGCGAAAGUUGGACAAGGCGCCACCGUACACCUCAGAAAGUGACAGAACGCCCCUCUACUACUCCCCUUCUCCCCCCUCAACCCUUCCCCGUCAGUCGCGUCAGAGGGAGCGCCCAAGGCCCCGACUGGAGCGAGAGCUGACCAAUCGUGCUAGUUUUUCUCUCGCGGCGCCCCUGAGAGACUCGGAGCUGUUGGACUGGAGAGUCGCACCCAGAGGCAGGGACAAAUGGAACUCCUCACAGGCUUAUCAGAGCCCCGUUUCCCCUCUGAGCCCCGCCUGUGGAACAGUUAGCAAACGGAGGCACUCGCUCGAUAUGGGCUCCUCGGUCGCGCUAGCGACUGAUGCCGCAGCGAGUGUCGCCAGGCGCUACGGCGCUGUCAGUUAUGCCAAGAGGCUAAGCGUCAUCUGGACAAGGCGGAGCCAGUCGCUGCAUGGAAUGCUGGUGCAGUGCGCUUCGACAGCAAGCACAGCGUCGUCGACCACGAGCGACGAGUGCGAAAGCAGCGGCGGGUUCGGGGGUCACUGUGAUUUCCAAAGGGGAUAUAUUCAUGCUUAUAACGCCACCAACUCCAACUCUAACACUGGGAUUACUCCCGGGAAAGCAAAUAAUGGAAAAGACAGGAGUAGGGAAAAAGGAAAGGAUGGAAAGAGCGCGGAAGAACUGGAGGAAAGCGUCGUAUAGGGGCACGGAUUACAAAAAGUGGAGGGGGAUAAAGGGUUCUGUACGAGGACAGUUUGAAUGAGAUGCUGAUUUAAGAAGGCCAAAGAGGUGAGGAGGGAUUACAAAAGCAAAACCCUUUUAGAUGAAAAACUUCCAGUUCAGAGGAAGGAAGGAGAGCAGGUGACUCAAGUGUCACUAAUGCAGCUUCUUGAUUUGCCCUGUGAGCUGAGAGGAGGGAGUAUACCAAGAAGUGAGGUCAGGAUUUGUAAGAGGCUCUCCGAGGAACCUCGAAAGUGAUGGCAGAGAAAUGUGACCAAAAAAAAUUAAUUAAAAAAAAUCUUUAAAAAUUCAAGGCGACGGGGAAAGAGAAAGUACAAUCAUCGCAGUGAAAGGACAAAAAAAAAUAUGUGAGAGGGACAUGGGGGGAUGUAAAUUAAGGAGAUAAUGAGGGAAAACAGCAGUAAGGAAACAGAACAAGGGUUACAGCAGAGGAGGAGGAGAUGUUGUGACCUGUGUGGAUCACACUAACACAACCACUCAAUUCUCCAGAGUCUCACCUCCCACACCACCAUGAUCAAGAACACCACCACUGUUAAUACUGGAGAAAUACUUGUGACAGAAAUGCAUCAGUGAAAAGGUCUGGAUGACACAGCCCCACUCUGUUGUUUUGGCUUUCACGCAGCCGGCCAUUUUGAAGCUCUUUUCUGAAUGUGACUUUUAUGUGUCCUCUGUGUCUGGACAAUGAUUUUGGCUCGCUGCGCCUGCGGAUUAUGGGAGUAUAAAUACAGAGCUGGGUGCAUUGGACAUGAUCAAUCGAUACAGGCUGGAAACAGCGAGGGGAGCCCAGACAUUAUUAAAAGAAAGACACUGGAAUUGCAAUGGAGUUGAUAUGGAUUACAAAAUGGAGACGGGAGUGCACAAUGGAACGUGUAAGCGUGUGCAUUUGUAAAAGACGAGACAUCGUAUUGGAUGUCAGAUGAUAAUGGACCAAACAGAUGAAUAAUGCUAAUGGAUGCGCAAGUGUGCAUGCAUCUAUGGAUCAGGGACAGGAUGCAUUUGUGUGCCUGUGUGUAUAUGAAUGUUCGUGGGGCGGGGUGGGGGGCGAGCCGGUGAAGUAGACUCCAUGUUUCACAAAUGUUUAGUGCUUUCUGGAUAUGCUGUAAAAAAGAAAGGAAAAAAACCCUAAAAAUUAAGGUGAGAGGCGUCCUUGAGCUCCACCGAGACUGAAAGCAGAGCGAAAUGUUUAAAUACGCCACAACCAGUACAACUUAUUUUCAGCAGUGUAGCAUGGUGAGAAAGCGGAAACUGUUAAAUGGGAAUUAAAAUUUCAAAUUCAUUUGUGUGACUUCAAACUCCUUUGUGCCACAUGGGUUCAUGGUAAAUCCAAAUCAAAUGCUCUCAGAAAGGAAGCAGUUAAAAAAAACAAAACAGUAAAUGAAUCAAAAACUGCUGCAGAAGCCACUAAACGCUAUAAAAUCUGUUGGAAGACUCUUAAAAACCUCUAAGAGAGACACACAAACACAUACAUAUAUAGUAUAUAAAUAAAAUAAUGUUACUUGUCGCACCAUGUGUUUGUUUUUCAAAGUUUUCUGGGGAGUGAUUCUAGGAUCGAACGCAAACUAUGAAAAGUGUGAUUUUUUUUGUUUUACACAAGAAAUCUUCGUGAGUAGGAAAGAACAUGAUUAUGACUAGGCAGUUAAAUUAACAACCACAACAACAACAACAAGAAUAAGCGCACAGCACAAAACACAAACUGGCAAGCACACACUCCAAAGCAGACACACACACAGAUGCCUAUUAAACAAAGCCAAUUCCAAUAAUAACAAUCAGUGUUGUUUCCUUUCUGUUCUCAUUUCAUUUUGCCAAAGUCAAUAUUGUUCUCUUGACUUGAUAUAAAUAAUAAAAUUUACAUGUAUGGAACUGAGACUGAGUCAUUAACGCGUGGCCAUGUGUCAUGUUUGUGCGCUUGACUACUUAAGUACAUUGUGUAUGCGUGGAGAAAAAAGAAAAGCACUGCAUGUGAAUAUUGUGCGUGUGUAUUUUGGUGCAUCUACAACAGCAGAUUUCAGUGUUAUAUUUAAAUCUAUUGCAAAAUUAGGUUGGAUAUAGUUUAAUUUAAAAAAAAAAGUGCCAAUGCUGCUUUGGUUUAGUUUGCACUUGGACAGAAUUGUGAAGAUGAGUCAGUCCUCAUGAAAAUGUUUUGAGCUCCAGGCAAACUUGUGAGUCAAAGAAGCUGCAGCGCACACGCACAUCUGUGGGGCGAAAAUGAAGCUGUUUACUUGUCAGUCAGCGGAGCUGAUUAGGAGGUAAGGGUGAAGUAACAUUUCUUAUGGUAAUUAAAAACAUUUCUUACAGUAAAGAAAAAAAACAGGAGGAAAAGAGAACAUAAAAAGAAGCAAACUGGUAGGAGAAGGGAGAUCAAUGAGCUCAGGAACAGACAGAAAUGGGUUUAGAAGGAAAAAAGGUGUAAACAAGAUUUCAAAGGACAGAUUGGAUAUGACACAGAAUGGGAAAGAGCGCUGAUGUGACAACAGACAGACAGAACGGGAACUAAAAGCCGUCAGGCUAAUGGAUCCUGUUAUUAUCAACAAUAUUAGCUGGUUUCAGACAGGCUCUGUAUUUCAAUAUAAGACAUUACAAGCUCCUUUCAAUGCUAUCUGCAGCUGAGAUCAACACUCACUUGGAAACGAAGCGAGCUGGCAGCAAUCUGCAUCUGAGCAGAACUAAUUAAACUUUUAAACAUACGAGAAGAAGAAAAGUGUCAAACAUGAACUAUCAAACCAAAACAUCAUUUCUGUUAAUUAUUUACAUCUUUCAGGUCAUAGCGGAAAAAGCUGAAGCGGAGGUAGAACGGAUCUAGUCGUCUCUGCCCUUUUCUGAGGUUUUCUGAGGUUAGAUGGGGGAAAACUAUCCCACCAGCAUAAUCCGAGUUUCUCGUACUUAUUUCACUUUGUUGCUGAGAAAAGACUUCAACAGUGGGCUGAAUUUGGUGCAUCACUAAACAUCGACAAUAAGAUCAACAGUGGCAAUGUUGUAUCGCAGCAAUAAUGCAGUAGCUAAAUGUUGUUGUGAUGAAGGGCAUUAAGACUUGAAGAUUUCUGUGUGUCCCUGGCAAAAAACAAAGACAAAAAAUAAAAAUGGGGAAAGGAAAAACCAACAUGAGCCAUUAGUGAGAUUGUGAUUCAUUGCAUCCCUAGCUGAAAUGAACUGAUUCCUGCACAGGGCUGCACAACUGUUUAUUUUACUUCGGUUUAAUAUUUACUCCAAUUAGUCUUUCAGCCCACCUGAGAAUAAAGUCUUAUAUUUCAUGAAUUUUUUUUUUUUUAAUUCCCGUCUCCACUUUCUGUUGAGUCCUAUGCAGAUGCUGCCGAAAUGUAGAUAUGGAGGGAGGGGUGCGGCUGAGAGACUACUGGAACACCUGGAGACAGACUAUGAUAAGGAAAAGUGAAGGAAAUAGAGAUAGAAGUUUGGCUUUCACUGCGUGCCUCUCAGUGUCCACAGUAUGCCCAUAAGUAAGACACUUUUUUAAAUCUGUUUGAGGAAGAGAUCGAAAUCAAACAGUGUGAUAAGUCUGUGUGUGUUAUUUUUGUAAUGCAAAUUGUCAGGGAUGGGGUAAAAAGGGUCUUUUUCCCUCUUGUGCUUUGAGCAUCAGACACCAGGCAAUGCUAGAGUGGCAGACUGUUCGAAUAUGAAACCAUCAACAGUGACAGGGGGAGUAAAACGGGGUGUGCUGGAAAGUGUGCGCGCAUCUGCGUGUCUCUGCACAUGAGGCCGGAGGGCAAUUUGAUUUAAAACUCAUAAGAGUCUUCCUUUUAAUGUGGCCAGAGUCUUUGCUACAGUCACCUUUAAAAACUGCGUGUCUGCCUGCAUGUACAUGGGUGCACUUAAGUGUGACAGGUAAGAGCAACAAUGCAGCACAACUCUCCCCCCGGCUUUUUUUGCCGAUGGCAAAAACCUGUCCCAAUUUCACACAAUUAAAAAAAAAAAAAAGGCUGAGUUACAUUCAAACAUUCACAGCCACAGACAAAAUUACCUUUCAGCAAACAAACGUGUGUCUGUGCACUGCGAGAUAACCUUCUGGCAGCGUUUGCAUGUUUCUGUGUGCACGUCUUAUUGGUGCAUCCCGAAAGGUCGUGUCUGCCAGCAGCCAAACUUCCUCUGACAUUUGCAGUUAUGAUAAAGGUAUGAUGCAUUUCCCUGCAGUGUGCUGACUAACUGCUUACUCAGGAUGCUUUAAGAGUCGGCAGCUAACGUGCUAGAUACCAGUUGGACCAGUUAUAGAACAUACUGAAGUGUACACCUUGACAAAAAAGGAGCAGACAAGACAUCUGUCUAAUGGACAAACAUCCCAUGAGGGCUUCUCACCUAAUUAGUCACUUUUACGUCAAGUGUCAACAGGAUACAGUGGCUAUAAGUGUGAGAUUGAGAGUUUAAUUUACAGCGAUAAGUAACGUCCACAAGAAAAGCAUUGUUUCUCUUAAGCUCACUUGGUAGAAUAAUCAUUGUAAGUUUGCUCACAAAGAAAUGAACAGCCUCUAAUUUUCAUGAUCUUUUCCUUUAAAUGGAGAGAAAAUGUCUAAGAAAGAAAUCUAGAAAAACUUAAAAGUUAUAAACUGAUUUGCAUGUCACAGAAUGAACUAGUAUUUGAUCACCUUUAAGCCAUCUGAUUUGUGUAUAAAACACCUGUCCACAGAAUCAGUGCACCACCAUGGGCAAGACCAAAGAACUGUGAAAGGAUAUCAGGGACAACAUUGCAUCGUCUGGGCUAAAAGACCAUCAGCGAUAAGCUUUGACGAGAAGGUGACAACUGCAUGAUUAGUCGGAAAUUUGAAGAAAUAUAAAAUUCAUCAAUUGCCCUCAGUCUGAGCUCCGUGCCAGAUCUUGCCUCAUGGAGUGAGGAUGAUCAUCUGAACGAUUCAGAGGAGGCUUGGGAGAAAAGUGUGGAUCGGACGAAACCAAUAUCAAACUCCCUGGCGUCAACAUGACUUGGGGACUUGAGCAGCCGAUGAACGGGACUGUGUGCCGCAAGGGUUGUGGAUGAGCCUUUCAGCACGACAGUGAGGCUGAUGAAGAAGCCCAUUAACGUCAUGGAGUGACCUCAGUCCUGUAGAAAAGCUGCGAAGGGAGCUGAAGGGCUAAAGAGCAGAGAGCCUAAAUCCCACCUGAGAUGUACGGAAACCUGGUGACCAACUACACGGCUGGGCUUGCAAACAUGCUUUCUGUACAGAGUUAUUUUUUUGCUCGAGGAUAGAUAUUUCAAUCAACGACAUGCAUCUCUUUCAAGUCAUCUUUUAAAUCUUUUAUACAACUCGCUGGGUUUCCAGGAUCUACAGUUGAUAUUUUGUCUCUCCCCAUUAAGAUGAAACUACUACAUAAAUUAGAAACUGUUCAUCACUUUGUAAGUGAGCAAAUGUACAAAUCCAGCAGGGGAUCAAAUGAUUUCCCCCACUGAAAAUAUUUAAGCAAAGUUGAUUUAACUAAAUUUUUGCUCUACAGUCUGACGAUGGUUCGUUCACCACACCUGCAUGUCAUAUUAUUGUGAGUAGACUUUAAUCGUGCUGUUCAGUCAAGCUGAAAUUUGUAAAAACAUGGCUUAAAAACACCUUUCCAGUAAACCUAAAAUCCUCAUCUGUGUGAAAAGAUGUAAUUUUGCCAUUUUAAGCUGCACUACUCAUUGGUUCUUCAAAUUAAAACGCUAUCCUGAGCCUUCAACAUAUAGAAACCAGCCAGACACUAAUCACCGUUUCUGUCUAGCAUUGAAUUAUUUUCCAAUCACGGUUAACAAGGCUAAGGGGAAAUGCAGUCUGAAUGAUAAAUACAGGUUGUCGGGACAUCUAAUGACAAAGGUUGAUGAACGCGCAUGUAAAUAUUACCUUACAGUCACAUCUAAAGGAACCUUGACAAUAUUUAUGCACCGAUUUAAAGUAUUAACAGUCUUACCCCUGCAUUUACUGCAAUCACAAUAUCAUUAGCAAGCCUCGAAGACGUUGUUGCAGAAAAGAAAGAUACAGAUCAAGGGACAGAGCGUAGAGGAGACCUCCUGUAUUGUAGCAAAUCGGGAGGAGAAAGAUUAAUUGACCUUGCGUGACACAGCGAACCAGAUUUCAUUCUUAGUCCCUUAUUUAGACACUUACAGAUAGCUGAGCAUCCGAAUAGAAUAAAAGUGUUACCCAAAUAUAAGAGCUGAUAGGCAAUGUGCAAAACAUCGAUAACGAGGCAAACAUAUAGCGUGUUUAAUUCCAUCAAGUUAGCAGUUUAUGCUACACAGCAUAACUUUAAAGAGCAGGCGUGGAGAAAGAAGGCAACAGUAGGAAAGAGGAGUGGAGCCAAUGCUGGAAGUAGAGAGGUGCUAAAAUGAUAUAAGACAGAGCCUCCUGCACGGCGUUACCUUCAUGCAUCAUUUCCUCUCUUCUUUCUCUCACUACCUUCCUCUCACACUCUCCACAAUCUUUAAUUUAGCCUUCUAUCUAAUUUGCUCUCCUUCACCUUCACUGACUUCUCAUUCAAUCCUUUGUUCACUGCAUUCACUCGUAAUCUCCACUUCUCUCUGACCUCCCUGCUCUCUUCUACGCCAUCGCUUGGCUCUUCUAUUGUUUUGCCAGUUCACUUUGGCAAUCUUUCACUCAUUUUAAUAUGUUCUCCUCACUGUAAGACAAUAUUCUCUGCCUCAUUCUCAGCCCUACUACUGAGUGUUUGAGUCUUUUAUUGGUCCUCAGUUUUCAUUGUUAUAGCAGUACUGCACUGCUAAAACAAUAGUCGGCUCCAUUCAGUUUUUAUCUCACCUAAAUACAUUGUGGCAUUUCAUGUUUGCCCCUUUGUCCUUGUCUCCCAGUUUUCCCUUUAUGGUUCAUUUUCUGCAUCAUUUCCCACAUUUGCCUGCAUUUCUCAAUAUCCCCUUUAUUCAUUCUUUAAAAAAGAAAAAACAAAGUAGUAAUAGGUUACUUUAGUAUGGCAACAUACAGCAAAAGGUAACUGGGUAUAAAGAUCUGAGGAUGUUUCAAGGUUAAAUUAAGAACUAAACCCUGAAUGUGGAAUUUUGCCUGGAUUAC